AUGCCGAAUUCUACGGAUGUCUUCGAGUCUGUAAGUCAUUCAUUCCUCAGUGUUGGUGGUGUACCACUUGGGACUUGUGUUUGUUCGAUUCUUAAUGGAACGUUAUGGCCUUGGUUAUUCAGUUUGACCCAGUUAGUCCGAAAGGAUCUUUUACCAGUACCUCACUAUCUGCCUGCUUUGAACCCCAUUUCGUCGAAACAAGCCAGUUCGUCUGCGAAGGUUUGUGUUCAUGUGAAGAGUGAAGAAGAUCGGAACCUCAUUGAUGCAUUCGCUUCGCUGAACACUUCCCCUAAGGAAAAUGCUGCAGACGCGUGCAAAAGUGAGAGAGGAAAGGUAUCACCUCAGCUGAAUUCACCAAAUAGUCUACAUACUGGGAAACAGUUGUUGCCUCCUACACCGAAACCAAACGCUCCUCGACGUUUAGCAGAUAUUCACAGUAAGGUUGCUUCGAGUACCGUAUGCAGUAACCAGAGCAAUGGAAACCGCUACCGUACUUCUCGUCGUCUACAGGCUAACAGAAAUUCUGAGAAUUUCAAAGUACCUCUCAUAUCCUCACGAAGAAGUGUUCACCGUUCUCCUAAAGAAGCUCUACACAGUAAACCUCUGAAUAUGGGGACAGGUAAUAUUCCAAGUGACCAGGAUUCGAAUGCAGAAUUGUUACAAUUACUUGGUCUUACUCCUCGAAAAACAGCUAACUCUCAACCUUCUCAAUUCAAUUCUGUUAAUUGUUCAAAAAAAGGAAAGACAACCUACCCUAACGCAUCAUCUGAUAUUUACCCUCUAUCAUCAUCAUCUGUUUCAAUCAAUGAACAGCCGCUGAUAUCUUGGAAUCCUACUCAAGUAGCCCAUUGGUUAGCUGUUGUUGGUCUUGGACGUUUUGUCGCAUUAUUUCUGAAAUUGAAUUUGGAUGGCAGUUUUCUCUCCAAAGUUACUCCUGAUUCACCUUAUUUAUCUCAAGUAAUUGAUCCAUUUGCCCGCGAAGCUUUAAAACAAGCAAUACUGGUUUUACAAGGUCAAAAUCCCGCUCCAGGCGAAGAUGUAAGCAUAUUCACAAAAUUGGAAAGGAAAAAAAUAAGCCUUGACAAACCUGAAAUCAUUGGAAAGCAUGAUUUCCAGCUUACUUCCUUCUACAGAGUGGUCUCAUGUAUUGUUUGCAACGUUCCUUUAUUAGGUUUCGCUCACCAGGGCUUCCAGUGUAAAGCAUGUGGGGCUAUAUGUCAUCGUAUAUGUAAAGCUUUGGAUGGCUUUUCAGAUUGCCUUGGAAAUUUCACUGUACUUCAGUCGUCUGUUCAUGAAGAGUUGAGUACAAGCUGUGAAAGUACAGAGAUUCCUACUUCACUGGUGCCGUAUAUUAGUGAUUAUUUUGGCGUUAAAUUGGAGGAUCAAAAAUUAGAUUCUACCUCUAAACUUCCCAUAUUCUUAGCAGCGUGCACUGAACAAAUAGAAAAGCUUGCUAAUGAAAGUUUUAUCACUGCAAGUAAUAAUCCACAUACUCAACCUAUUGACAUGGUUAUGGUGUAUCAACAGUCAGCUUUGGCACAUACCUUACAGGAAUUGCAUAACACCUUUGCUCAUUGCUUGCCUUUACCUGAUUCGGAGCAGUCAUCGGUGCUUCCACUAGAUAUUGUACGUUUAGCUCAAUUAAUGAAAGCUUUUCUUCGAGAUCUUCCUGUAGCAGUGAUACCAGAAGAAUACUAUUUAGACUUUUGCCACUUAGCAAAUAUUACAAAUACAGAUGAAAAGAUACUGGCUGUUCGCAAAUUUCUUGACAAUCUUCCUGAAAUUCAUCGAUUAUGUUUAAUUCAUAUUUUCAACCAUUUAGGAUUUGUAGUAAAUCAUCAAAAUAAAUUGAGAUCUUAUUUAUCAAACUUAUCACCCAUAAAUAUCACUCAGUCUAAUUCAUUGAAUGCACCAAGUAAACUUACUCUUUGGUUAAUGGUAUUUAGACAGAUUCUUGUACGACCACCAUGGCAUCUUAUCACCGAUAUAGCUAUGGGUAUGGAUACGCAUAUGCGUGCACUGGAAGCUGUGUUCGGUGUUGUCGUCGGUUCUUGUGUUACUGAUGAAUCAGAAAACACCUCUCACAUUGAAAGUUCUUUAUCAAUUCCAUUUGUAUCUGAACCAAAUCCUGACAUGAAUACGUCUAUUGCACGGAGGAAGUGUGAUCCUCAGUCUUCAAGUGAUAAGCACAAAUCCUCUGAGUUGGUUGCGCCAUGUCGGACGGAUGCUAUUGUUGUACCAACUAUAGUUACCCCACCUAGUCCUUCGUCAACAGCUGUAAAUAAAAAAGAUCUCGAGAAUCAGGAAUGGUAUUGGGGUGAUAUAACCCAAGAAGAAGUACGUGAAAUAAUGACAGGUCUUCAGGAUGGAUACUAUCUUGUUCGUGAUGCAUCUCAGCGUUCAGUUGCUGCAUUUACUCUCGUAGUCAGAUGGCAUGGUGAAAACAAAUUGAAUCGAAUUUACCAUCGUGGUGAUUAUUUCGGAUUUACUGAUCCUCCACAGCCAACUUUUCGUUUAGUUUCUGAACUUAUUAAUUUCUGUCGUGCUCACCCGUUAACUGUGAGUAGUUAUAGUAGUUUACGACUUAUUUGGCCUGUAUCCCGCCGUCAUAAACGUUUUAAUGACAAAAUUGAUGCAUCGUCCGACAGUAAUGUCUCCGCUGAGAAUAGAUGCAGUUCUGGAGUAUUCGCUUGCUUUUUAUCUGAUUCACAGUUAAGCAGUGAACUGAAAAAUAUAGUUGUUAAAAUUACUCAACUGGACAAACUUAUAACUGACUUGGAGUUACAGUCGAAAAAUGCAGUUGAUUUGAAAGAGGAAGCUUUUCGUUUAAUGAAAGCGUAUACUAAUUUGCAUAAAUGGCUGCAAACUUCACUGAGUCGGUUAAAUGACUAUUCUUGUCCUAGUGAAAAGUCAAAAAUUUCUCCUCAAAUUGAAACACUAAACGAUGAAAUGAAUAAGGCAGAGCAGCAGAUCAAGACUAAUAAGGAAGAGCGUAAAUUGAAGAGACAGGCUCAAGAGAUUCGUCGUGCACUUAAAGACCGAGGAUUCAACGAAGAAUCACUGUCUUCAUCAACUUCAUCAUUGAUUGAUGGUAGUAUUCCUUCGGUUAGUUCCUCAGUCGAUACCCAAAAUACAUCUGUACCGGAGGAAAUACGUGACCGACGAUAUUGGUUUCUUACUGGCGUUACUCGUGAAAAAGUGGAAGCAUUACUGGCUGAUAGACCUCCUGGAACUUUUGUUAUAAGACCGUCAACUGCUGGCAAUAAAUUAGCAUUGGGUGUACGAUUAGAAUCAUCUGUUCAGCAUUGUUUAAUUCACUGCAUUGAAGGAAAGUAUGGAUUUGUUGAAAAGUCAUGUACAUAUGAUUCAUUAGAAGCCUUGGCUAAAACUACACAGUCCGAAGUUCUCGGUUCUCCUCAAUUCCUGAUAUUACAUGACAUGUGCUUUGGAUUUCUUUCAGCAGCUGCGCGUACUACUAAUUCAGAGUGUCUUUUUGGUUAUAACCGCCCACUUGUUCCUGAAGUAUCAAUCGAUUUAAAAGAGGAUUUCUAA